UUCUGAAUUGUAUGCAGAACUGAUCAGUGAACAGAAAGCAUUAGCUGCAGCUGUUUGCUCAGGAUAGACUAAUGUCUCCAUUUCACACAGUAAAGGCGCAGCUUUACCACCACAUGUAGGACUCAAGUGUGCUUCUCCGUUAUGUCACAGAUGUCAGGGAUGAACCAGGUGGUUGCAACAUGCUGGACUUGCCUCCUGCUCGCUGCUUUCCUCUGUGAGCCAGCGCUUUCCAAGGGCGGUCGCGGGGGGUCCCGGGGGUCCUCCCGAGGCUCCCCCUCCCGCAGCUCCACAGCGGGGAGCUACCGGGGAGGAGGCGCCUAUGGAGGCACCCGCUCUCGCUUCAGGGUGUCGGGGCGGGCAUCCCCGGUGAGGGUGGCGAGUGCAGCAGCAGCAGGCGCAGCUGUGGCUUUAACAGCGGAUAAAUGGUACGCCUCUGCCUACCGCCGCAGCAAAGACGACAGCUCAGAUGAAGAGCUGGAUUACUUCAAUAGGACCAAUUAUUUUGAUGCACAAAUGUCAAGCUCAACUCAAAAUGGAUCUUCUCUCUCUCAAAUGGUUUCUAUCAUUAUUGCAACAUUUUCUUCAAAAUAUGGAGUCUUACUGGACAGUAUACUGUAGAUGUUCAGGUUAUUCUUUGGGAUAAAUUCCUGGUUUGGUCUAGGACUGAGCUUCUGUCCUGGAUCUGACUAUAAUGUGCAGGACUGGCUGGAACCUGCACUGGAAAGUAUGCUACAAGUUAGAGGUGCAACACAGUGAGGGAAGGACAACAAGACCACAAAAAAAAAACCCAUCACUGUACUGUAUAUUAUUUUUUUAUCUAUAUAAAUGGACAAACAUGCAGCACAGUAUUCAAUGUGACAUUCACCUCUCAAAGACUCUUUGUCAAAUCUCUGCGUGACUGUGUAACUGGGGCCAAACUCAAGAAAAAUAUUAUUUUCCUGCCCUCAAGCUGGUUUCUAUAUCUAAUUAAAGAAAGUGUUUUAUCAGAAAAAUGUCAAUUAAACCUCUGACUGCCAAAUUUAAUUGUCUUGCCAACUCAGUUAUAGCUUAAAAAUCUUUAUUUUCAUAAAAAAAACAACAAAAAAACCCACAAAAUGAAUGACCAAUAUCACUGCUCAGUACAACUGCGGUAAAUUAUUUGUAUGUAUUAGCAGACUUUGGUCUAAACAUAAAGCCUGGGCUUGCUGCAGGUGACCAUCAAGACUAAAGACACCAAGUUGGCAGCAGCAAUAUUGAGCCCAACAUUAAAACUCAUGUAUCUUUUUUAAAAAUUCGUCAAUUGGCCAUUUUUUGCUUUUAAAAAUAAGUCAAGUUUGUUUUUUACUCUGUUCUCAUUUCAAGACAGGAUUUAAAGAUCUUGCUCAGUGAUCUGAAAGAUUUAUGGUGGCGGUCAAUUGUGCAGCCAUAAAGAUGAUCCUCUAGAAUAAGGCCAGGCAAAUUAGAGUAUUGGGAAAGCUCAUCUGCAUUUUCCACAAUCAUCUCGAAUUUGUGUGCAAUUCAUACCCUUUUAUAACGCCUGAAAUUCAGCUAAUUCAUACUUGUGUACGAACUAAGUAUGGGAGGGACACUAGAAAACAAACUGCUGCUCUCACUGUUAUUCACGCCUCUGAAGGUUUUCUGUCCAUCAUCCCAGGAGAGCUUUUUACCUGCAGUAGACACUCAGGAGCAACAGACUGUUCCAUUUCUAUAAGUGCACUCUAUUAAAUACUACAACACUUGUACAUAAUAAAUAAAGUGUUUGUUAUCACCGUCUUCAUGCUAAUAAAUUUCCUGUUUACACCGUG